CGACACCAUUUUGGCAUUUUGACCUAUUUAUUCUUUCGGAGAAUUUCAAAUAAAAUAGUUAAGUGCUGAUGUGACUGACAACCUAAUAUAAUACAGUGGUAUCACUAUACGCAGCUCUACUCGAGACAAAUAAACAGACGACAGGAUGUACUGUCAUCCGAAAACAGAAAGUCAGUAGUUUAGAAACCUUACGUGAUUUGACAGAUAACGACAGUGGAACGAGAUUGUUUCGUGCUUUGCAAACCCUGGUUCCACAUCGAUCGCAACACAAAGUGAAAUAUUUCCACCCCAAGGCACGCUCUACUAAUCCAAUUGCAUGGAAUUACCUUUUCGUACUUCCCCAUGUUGACGAACCAGCAGCUACAGCAACGGUUACCAUACCCAUAAUAAGACAGAAUAUGUGGGCUGCUCUCUUCGCCGGUCGUCCAAGCAGAACUUUGCCUCGGCAUCAACUCAACUCACCAGAUGAACGGUCUCCUGAUUUGGCAGUACCAACAUUGAAUGAUGCUCCAAGUACGAAAAAACUUAAACUAAUGUCUGGGGUUCCACAUGACACAGAGAAUCACAUUCAGAGCAUGGCGUAUUCAAGCCAAAGAAACAAAAAAGAUCUAGAGACCAAAGAGACAAAUAUGUAUAAAUUUUUCAAGGGUUCAAACUUGCAGACAUCAACUCCUAUUGGAAGCCCAAUUCCAGUUGAUGCCCAACUUUUGAAAGAAAUUCCUCGUGGGAACCAGAAUCAAAAAGAUCUGAAAUCUGGCACACAAAAGAAUAAAAUGGAAUUAAAUCAACCUCUCUCAAGCACUGGGCCUGUUGAAACUGGAUCGAGUUUAAGUCAGUUGGAGAGACUUAUGGUAGACAGAUUGGGUAGCACUGCUCUCAGUGUUAAACCAAAAGCCAAAGCUUUACACAAAUCUGAAUCUACCCCAACAUUCGCUUUCACUCCCAUGGCAACUACUAUUACCACAUCAAGCAAGAAAACUGAAUUUUCAUCAAGCAUCCAUUCAAAAAUCCCCUUUAAACAAAACACACAAGAUUUUACGAAACGAGUUUCCAAUGGAGGUGUUCAGAAAAAUAACUACAGGCCACUGAUGCAAAAGCUUUAUGGAUCCCCCAAACAACACAAAGCUCUGAAAUCUUCUAUACUGAAUAACCAUUCACACUCCUUAGCAAUCCAAAAUUGUGUCAGAAUGGACGAGAAGCUGUCAUACAAAGCUCUUAUUAGUCAAUUUACGACUAAAGUUCCUUCCGGCAGAUUUUCACUUACAUCGUUGGCUUCUACAUCAAGCUGCCAAAAUUCUUCAGCUAUCUUGAAAGAGAAAAUCGGUAGUAAUGAAGCCAAGUCAAUUCAGUUGCAGCUUAAGGCAUCGAGCAUUGUUAUCGACCUGGUCAAUGAGUCGAACUCUUUCCAAAAAACCCCAAUCGCUUCGCCAAUUAACCGUUCUCCCGUUAAAUCUGCUGUUCGGAUCAACUCUUUAGAAGAAGCACUGGCACAGUCUCCUCAAUACGAUUGUCGCUUCAUCUCCGAAAUCAAGAGUCGCUUUAAUAAAAAAGAACGUGAUCGGCAGCGACUGCGAGAUGAAGAAGCGAUUCGAUGCAAAGUUUUAGCUGAAAAUCGUGAAGAAUGGGAGAAAGAUUUAGAAAACAGAGUUCGCAAACAAUUGGAGAUUGCCAUCAGGCCUGUAAUCGAAGAACCAGAAGUUGAAGAAGUGGUAAUUUUGCCGGAAAUCUCUAGUGGCAUGCAUAAUGUCAUUGAGAAAGCUUGGGGUGGCCAUUCGGAAAAUGAAGUUCUGUGCGAUGCGUUCAGUCUUACUAUUACCCGGCGUGAUGUCAAAACUCUUUCUGGACUUAAUUGGCUGAAUGAUCAGGUCAUAAAUUUUUACCUAACCCUCGUCAUGGAGCGCAGCAGCUCCGGUGAUUGGCCCAAAGCCUAUGCCUUCAAUACAUUUUUCUAUCCUAAGUUGAUGAGCUCGGGACAUGGUGGACUCAAGCGAUGGACAAGAAAAGUCGACCUCUUCCAACAGGAUAUCAUUUUGAUUCCCGUCCAUCUAGGGCUCCAUUGGUGUCUAGCGACCGUUUGUCCAAAGGAACAGGCAAUCCGAUAUUACGACAGUAUGGGUGGUCGGAAUCAAGAUUGCCUUAAUGGGCUUAAGCGCUACAUGGAAGCGGAAAGUAUGGACAAAAAGAAGACUUCCCUCGAUACAAGCAACUGGACACUGGAGUGUGUAGAAGACAUUCCUCAGCAAAUGAACGGCUCUGAUUGUGGCAUGUUUACCUGUAAAUAUGCAGAGUACUUAUCACGGAAGGCCAAAAUUACAUUCGCGCAAAAAGAUAUGCCCUACUUCCGAAAGAGAAUGGUAUACGAAAUUAUCACCCAAAAGCUCAUCAAUCCCUAAACAAAGUAAACGCCCAUCUUAAAGCUCAUCAAUCCCUAAACAAAUUAAUUGCCCAUCUUUUAGAUCACUUCAAUCGGAGGUCUUUCCUUGUUCUUUCUAUCUUAAUUUAUACUUGCUAAUUCGACACUGUCAUGUGCUUAUUUUUGUCUUUCGACAAGAAGGAAGAAAAUAUUAAUGCAGAAUAAAUAUUGCUUUUUUCAGCUACUCUUCUCUUGAUUAUAUCAACUUGCAACAGUGUCGUCAAGGAACACCUCGGGGGGUUAAGGGAAGGGUAAGUAUUUUUCAUUAUGUAUUGUACCCCACCUCUCCAGUCUCCAGGAUGGGGUACAAAGUUGUGUACCACACCUGUCUACUCGCUCUGUGAUUGGAUGUGUGACACCAUAUUCUUUUCUCGUCUCCACAAUCGAUUGAAUUUUGUGAAUUUAUUGCGAGCCAAGCGAUUGACCCGCCCCAGUCGUUCGCAAACCGCAAAGCGUGUGAGAGGUGUCCCGCAAAGGUUUGCAUUUAGUGAUCAUUCACUAAAUCAUUCGUGUUUACGUUUUCAGUAUCAGUUAUUGAAUUAAAAGUCUGCCUCAAUAGAGCCGGAAUCCAUUUGUUAUUUUCGGGUUUUUGGCGAUUUGUUUCUAGUACUUACUGCUAUAUAGAAACACGUGUUAGUUAACUUUUGGUGAUUGUCAGAAAGCUGUAAUUUUUGCCACGAGGUUAGGAACUGCGUGUAAUCUUUGUCUGUAAUUUCCUAAUAUUUAAUUAGUUAAAUGAUGAGUGACGAAGAAAAUGUGGGUGAAUUUUUGAGUGUCACUCGUGCUGUACAUUAUCACGUUGUACACACUUGGAGAAUUGAAAGUUAUGAGCAAUAUUUCUCAAGCACAAAAUGCCAUUUAACAUUUAUCAAUUCAAGCGUUUUCGGCCACGAGGACGAUCCUGGAACUAAAUGGACACUUCAGUUAUUUCCCAAAGGCGACAAAGAAGCUAGUUCCAAUGCAAUUCCAGGAACUGAGACGAUUUCUUUUUUCAUCAACCUGGACAAGUCAUCGGACAUGCCUGAACUUCCUGCCAAAUACUCCGUAGAAAUCCUUGGUGAAGAUAGGAUCGUACACAAAGUGACAGGAGACAAUACUUUCAAGAGAGGCAGUGGCUGGGGUCGUUCUAAAUUUAUGAAGAUGGAUGAGCUUUUAAAAGACAAGGCGGUCUUCUUAGUUAACGAUGCCAUGACGAUUCGCUGCACUGUCCAGUACACAAAACAUAUAACGAAUCAGGAACGCAAGAAAAAAAGAAGAAAUAGUAACAGUAGUGCGUCGACCGAGCCAUCCAAGAUUCUUAACACUGACACUAACUUCGACAGCCCUGGAUCUCCUCAACGACUGGCACACUCAUUUCCUUGGCAUGAUAUAACUUUCGUUAUUUCCGGUUCUUAUGUUAGGGCGCACAAAUGGAUUGUGGCUGCUAGCUGCCCCUUUCUGGCGCAGUUGGUGCGUGGAGGUGAAUCAGUAAUCAAAGUAGAAGGAGUUGAUGCCGAAGGCUUCGCCCAAAUGAUCCGUUUCAUCUAUACGGGUGAAUGUGACUUGGUUAACAAUAGCUACAAGUUGAUGGCUGUCGCUAACAAAUUCAAACUUGAAUCUUUGUUUAUCAAAUGUGAAGAAUAUCUUGUCUCGAUACUCAACAAGACCAGCUGCUAUAUGAUCUACAGUGUUGGUGACAUGCACUGCUCGUCGCGUCUCAAGAAUGAAGCCCUCCGAAUCAUUGAGAGUCUUGAAUGUGGGAGCGAUGGUAACAAAAUGUCGAUACAAGGAACUAUUGCUAUAAUUUAAAGGCAAUACAACAUGACCAACCAGA